ACAGAACCUGAUUCUGCUGAAUAUCAAGCACCAGAAUUAUCUUUAUCCUCAGUUAAAAAAACAUUCACACAUCUGUCCGUGCACGAAACCAGGAACACUUCGAACACGGAACGGCGUAUCAAAACGCGGAACCAUGACAUUGUUUUGGAUAAUUUGGUCACAGGAUUUGGAACAGGACACUGAUUCGUGGUUGUGGGUCAUGCAAACUCUGCAACCGUAUUCAUACAGGUCAUGACAUUGCAUUUGCAAAAUGUCAUUUCACUGGAAAUCAUUGAAAUUUAAGCUGGUGUUGAAAUUCAACAAUGGGUCGACCAAAGAAAUCAGCCGUUUGUAAAACUUGCAAAAGAGGGCCAACAAAUAAAACAUCUUUGAAAACUUGUGGUACACAAACUGAAUUGAAGUUGGAUGAGCUGGAUAAAAUAAUUUCCUUCUUUCUUUCUUCAAGUGACAAAGCAUGCAGAGAAGCACAACAAACUAUACAUCAAGUACAAGCACCCAGUUUGGAAAGCCGGGAUGGUGACUUUGAGGUCAGCAGUGACUUGGAGGAUUUCACACCUGUUAAAAAUGAAAGUUAUCAUGAUGGAAAUAUGGCAUUACCAAAACAGGUAUUGCAUGACGAUUCAGAUGAUGAUGGUACUGAUAAUGUGAAUUCCAGUGGAAUCCAGGCAGUAGCAGUAGUCAGCAAUGAGGAAGAGAAUGAGGGGGAAGAUCUGGACUAUCUGGAGCACAUCACACAAGAUUGGGAAGAAGCAAAACAGAAUUCUGAUGAUAGUGAAACUGCAACCGAAUUAUCUACCCCUGAGAAGAAACAGAAAAAACCAUCGACACCUGGUUCACAGGAAGUUAGGAAAAGCAGCCGGCUGGCAGAAAAGUAUCCUUCUGGCAAGAGUUUUGCAAAUCCUAAAAGAAAACGUAAAGUUACUGACAAGAAAAAGAAUAUCAUUGCUUUGAAGAAAAAACACUUGGCUUCCUUGCGGCUAAAGCCUAAAACUGAGGCUGUGGUAAAGGGCAUUCAAAAGACAAGAUCACUAGACUGCUUGCUUUGUGGCAUGAGCUGCAAAACAUUACGGGAACUCACUGAACACAAAAUGGAGAAGCAUGAAGGGAGAGUUCACAAGUGUGAUGAGUGCGGAAAAGCAUUCAGGAAUGUUACCAGACUUCAGAUCCAUCUUCGAUGCCAUACUGGGGAGAAACCAUAUGCCUGUCCCGAUUGUCCAAGAUGCUUCCCUGAUCCAUCAAACCUAAGCAAACAUAUUCAGACCAUUCACGAACAUCCUCACCGGUGUGAUAAUUGCCGAUCACGUUUUGCAACAGAAACGGAGCUGUUGGUACACCAAGAAAGCAGUUGUAGAAAGAAAUAUGACAGUCUUGGCAGAAAACUGACAUCAGAGUUAACCCCAAAGUCUGGACAAAGAAUUGUCAAAAAGGCUAAAUGUGAAAAGUGUGGACGUGAAGUUCUCAACCUUCGUACUCACAUGUUGACACACACCACUGACCGACCGUUUAAGUGUGACCAGUGUGAGUCUGUUUUCAAGUCAAUAUAUGAUUUAAAAAAGCACAAGAUCAGACACAGAAGUGAUAAGCCUCAUUUGUGUGAACAAUGUGGGAAAAGUUUCAAACACAUCUUUGCCAUCAAGGCACACAUGAAGAUACACGAGGAACCACCAGUUAAAGAGGUGCAUCCGUGUAAGGAAUGCAACAUGGGAUUUGCAGAAGCAGAGCUAUUGGCAGCUCACACUGAAUGUCACUUGAACAGUUUGCCUUUUAAGUGCCUUCUUUGUGACAAAGAGUUUGAAACUCCUCCCGAGUUGAAAGCUCAUGUCAUCACCCAUCCUGCAGCAAGGAUACCUGUCAACUGUAAUUACUGCGACAAGCUUUACCCAACUCUUCCUAAGAUGCAAGUACACAGACAUACACACGUGUCUUUUCAUAUGUGCAGCUUCUGCAGCAAGAGUUACUCUAAAACUAGUGAACUGAAACGCCAUGAGGCAACACACACAGGUGUCUUUAAUCAUAUAUGCGAGCUAUGUAACAAGGGAUUUGUACGUCCAGACCAGCUGAAAAAACACAUGAUGGUUCACACUGGAGACCGCAGGUUCAAAUGCGAAACCUGUGAGCGUUCAUAUAUAACGGAGGAUACUCUAAAAACACACAUCAAGUUGGUCCAUGGUCCCAAGACUUACGUCUGUACCAUUUGUGGGAAGAGCUUUGCGGUUGAAAAAAGGCUUCAGUUUCAUAUUGCACGUCAUCUGGGUAAAAAAGACUACAAAUGCGAUGUCUGUGGUAAGGCCUUUGCUGACCCAUCCGAUUUGCCUCAACACAAAAGAAUUCACAAACUAGUGAAAAACUUCCCUUGUCUUUUGUGUCCAAAGGCAUUUUAUGCUCAAAAACACUUGGAUACACACUUCAGAGUUAACCACAAGAACAGAAUGCAGAAACUAAUACAUACUUGUGAAAUUUGUGGAAAGGUAUUUCCUAGAGAGUGGAAACUGAAGCGGCAUCAUAGUGUCCAUGAAAACAGGAGUAGUCGUAUUCAUUAUUUGAACAAGCCCAAUGCUCCCACAAUAAUCAAGCUUGAGCCAAUUGAUGAACCUGACCUGACAGACCUUGCAGAAUCCACCUCCAUGCUACAAAGCAUGGAAAACGUGGAACUAACAGAGACUCUUGCAGUUCAAUGUAAUAUGUGUGGGGCAUCAUGCGAGACCACCGAGUUGAGUGCAACUGAACCCUUUUUGUGUGGCUUGUGUGCACAAAUUGAUGUAUCUUCCGAUGAAAAGACAUCUGUAUUUACAUUCACCGGUCAGGAGAUUUUCAAGUGUAACAUGUGCCAAAAGACAUUUGCUUUAUUGGACAAUUUUCUUAACCAUCUACAAGAGCAUCCUGAAUUGGAAAUAAAAAUAGAAACUCUUCCAACUGAAAUAGACAAUUGAUUGAGUCUGUCACAAUACUGAUCAAUAUAGAUGAAUUUAAAUACUCUCUUAUUUGGGCAUUGCAUGAUUGGGUGAUAUUUUACAAAAGAUUUGGAAUGUACGCACCAUAUGUACAGGAUUGUGCUCAUGUAUUUGCAUGACAGCCUAAUAUUUUGUGAGUGUCAUUAUUGUUUGUUUUGUAUUUAUUUUUUAAGUUUGGUAAGCAGUCAUGCAUGGCUAAAUCUGGUUAAGUUAAAAAGUCAACAAGUUAUUUAUUAAACUUCAAAAAUAGAAACCCAGUUAUUUUGUAACAGAAUAUCAAUUAUGACAUGAAAUUCAUUCACCAAAUAUUGGUAUUAUUACUUGGAUCAUACAACAUAUAUACAUGUACCAGUAUAUUUUUUUAAAAACCUAUACAAUUAAAACAUUGUUUUCUAGUUUUAAACAUUUUAUUCACAGUAAAGUUAAAAGAAAAUAUUAAACUUUUAAAGACUGAAUGAUUUCUAAACUUAGGAGCAACUUCUUAGUUUUUUUUCUGGUUGGCCCCCAAAAAACAAAAAAUCAGCCGACAUGUGACAUAGUUCUUUUUGACUAGUUAUCCUUAAUUGCUUAAUGCAAUGACAAGAUUUCAACGGAUAUGCUACAAACAUUAGUAUAUAUUUAGCAAAUAAUCCCAUGUUCUGUCAGCUUGUAAUGGUAGUAUGAAUAUUGUGAAUAUCUCUCUACUGCAAAAGUUGGGUAUGUUGAGAUUUCAUGGCCAUGUAUAUAUGUUUUAUUAUAUGUUUUUGUAAUAUUUUAGUACAAACAAUUUGUACUAUAACUACAUAAAUCUGGCUUAAAAUUAAAGUGUAUAUGAAUUAAAAAAGUUGAUCUCGA